UCCCCGCUCUCUCCGGCUCAAGGCGCAGCCCUUAGACGGCCAUUUCGCCCCCACCGCCCCGGCUCUCGCUGCCCUCUUCAAACCUAAUUUACAUCUCCGCAAUUCSAAAUCCGACGGGGAACACGCCUCUUUGGUGAAACUGACAGCGCAGCGCCUUGGAUUGCUCCAGCUAAGCAACACAACCGCAUUACCAAAAUAUUAUGGAUAAGAGCUUUCAAGAAGAAGAGUUUACACAAAUUAUUAAAUUUACACCUCCUUUGCACAAACAACGCCACCAGUUCGUUAAAGAUUUAGUGGAGAAAUACAAACCUAAGAAGGUGGCAGAUUUAGGAUGUGCUGAUUGCAGCCUUCUCCGGAUGCUGAAAUUCUGCAGCUGCAUUGAAGUGUUAGCUGGGCUAGAUAUCUGCGCAAGUGURAUGAAAGAGAAAAUGCAUACACUGUCUCCUCUUCCUGUUGAUUAUUUGCAACCAUCUGAAAGAUCCCUAACUGUUACCUUGCAUCAUGGUUCAGUUGCUCAUAAAGAUCCUUGCAUGCUUGGUUUUGACUUGGUGACAUGUAUUGAACUAAUAGAACACCUUGAAGAAUCAGAGCUGGAGAAGUUUCCYGAAGUGGUGUUUGGUUUCAUGGCUCCAAGCAUAGUUGUGAUCAGCACUCCAAAUGCUGAAUUUAACCCUUUGUUUCCAGGAGUGAUAGUAUACAGGCAUCCAGACCACAAAUUUGAGUGGAACCAAGCACAAUUUCAAAGCUGGGCUCUGGAGACUGCUAGAUGCUAUGAUUACUCAGUGGAAUUUACUGGUGUAGGGCACCCACCAACAGGAAUGGAGAAGGUUGGGUUUUGUACCCAAAUAGGUGUGUUUAUUAGAAAAUGUCCUCAAMCUGGUCAGUCUGAGAAACCCACUGAAGCAGCUUACAAAACGGUCUUCAAAGCAGUGUACCCAAGUCUUAAAGAUGAGAAGUACUUGCAGAAUGCAGUGAUCAGUGAAGUUAUUUUCACAGCCCAAAUCAUUAAGCACCGUAUAAUGUUAAAACGUGAGGAGUAUGGUGAUGAUCCUGAGAGAAAAUCCAAAUUCCAACCUUCAGUGAACCGUUUUUCAGACUAUCUUGGAAAACUGGUUGUUGAAAAGAACRUGGAAUCUUUUGUCAGUGGAAAUGAGGUUCACAUACCUCUUGCAACCAUCUUUUCCUUUCCCAAAGUGAAUCGACUUUGUGGUACCUUUGAGAAGUUGUGCAAGCUUAUUGCUGGCAAGGUCACACUGAGCAAUGAUGGUUCUGCUGUGAUGUUGAAUAUUGAGCAUGAAAAUGAAGAAAAUUAGGUCACAGAUUUCUCAUACAAAGUUCAGUGAAAGUAAUGAAAAUGGGUUUUUUUAGAAGCUGUUAAAUGGUAUCUUCUGUAUGCAAACUAGACCACAAAAUCUUUCCUAAAUCUUCCAUCGGUGGUAUUUAUCUGUCAGCACCUCACACUGAGUGAAGGUGAGUGCUUCUGACAWAGAUAAUAGUAACUUAAAGGGGUUUCAAGUAGACUAUCAGGGGCUAAAAGGAAAUAAUUAGUUCCCAUGAAGAAAAUUAAGUAUUUGUUUACUUUCUAUUGCCUUAUUGUAGCUAUCAUUACUAGAUUAUUUUUGGUACUGUCUUGUUAGCUUCAAGGAUAGUUUGUUUUAUCAUCUACUGUGUUGUGGCCAAUAAUGUGAGUCAGACAUAGGUUUAGGGCAAGUUUUUUCUUAUUUUCUAUAGAAUUUAUAGAUGCCUUUUUCAAGAUGAAUACAUACUCAGCCUCGAAAACCAAAUGUUGUUCCAGCUGAAUUGAAAUAUGAAACUUGGUUCUGUUUUUGGAAAAAAAGAGAAAAAUUUAAAAAAAAUUAAAGAACUGCUGUAAUUGUGAACCUGGCUCUGGUGUGUCUGAAAAAUUUUC